UCUUAAAAGAAUAAACUCCGAGCUUCCGAUUUCUUCCGUCUCCGUUGCGAUGGAGGUCUAGGGUUUCUUUGCUGUUCUUAUUCACCAAAUUCAGAUCUUUUAUCGUGACUGAACGUUUCAAAUCAUCAUACAAGUAUAAAGCAUGAAUUACAUUGUGGGAGCUUUUAAGCCACCAUGUAAGAUAACAAUUUCAUUUUCCGACGCGAGAACUAGAAAGCAGGCUUCUAUAAAGAAGGAAAAUGGUCAAAUGAUGAUGGUCCCACUUUUCCAAAGUCAGGAAAAUAUAGCAGGAGAGGUGUCUAUAGAGCCCGUUCUAGGAAAGAAGGUUGAGCAUAACGGUGUUAAAAUUGAGCUUCUUGGCCAGAUAGAGCUUUACUUUGAUAGAGGCAAUUUCUAUGAUUUUACCUCGCUAGUGCGUGAACUUGAUGUUCCCAGUGAAAUAUAUGAAAAGAAAACAUAUCCAUUUGAGUUUUCUACAGUUGAAAUGCCAUAUGAGUCAUACAACGGGAUUAAUGUAAGAUUGAGGUAUAUUCUAAGAGUCACGGUUAGUCGUAACUUUGUCAACAACAUUGUGGAGCAACAAGUUUUCUGGGUCCGUAACUACACUCCACCUCCAACGAUCAACAACAGCAUUAAGAUGGAAGUGGGAAUUGAAGAUUGCUUGCACAUAGAGUUUGAGUACAACAAAAGCAAGUAUCAUUUGAAGGAUGUUAUCAUUGGAAAAAUAUAUUUCCUUCUGGUACGAAUCAAAAUAAAGAAUAUGGAACUUGAGGUUCGACGGCGAGAAUCUACUGGGUCAGGGCCCAACACAUAUGUUGAGACAGAAACACUCGCAAAGUAUGAGUUGAUGGACGGUGCUCCAGUUAGAGGGGAAUCCAUUCCAGUCAGACUGUUCUUGAGUCCAUAUGAGUUAACACCAACAUACCGGAAUAUUAACAACAAAUUCAGCGUCAAAUACUACCUCAAUCUUGUUCUUGUUGAUGAGGAGGAUAGGCGAUACUUCAAACAGCAGGAAAUUACUGUUUAUCGUCUUAUGGAAAAUUCUUAAGCUGCUUCUCAUCACAAGAACUACUUCCUUUCAAACAAUAGCAUAACAUGAGAUCACCGCUCCCUUGAAGAAGCUGAUUUUUUUCUUUUUUGCUGCCUGAGAAAUUGCUGUGUUUGAGUUACUCAGUCUUGUGAGUGGUGUACAAUGUUUCACUUUAUGUCUGUUCCCUAUAGCACUUUCCCUAGGUUGCUUUGUCUUUAAAAAAAUAAAAACAACAUUUGCAUUUGAAUUUGAA